CUCUCUCUCUCUCUCUACAAAAGCAAUGGCCAUUGGCAGCUCUCACCGACCUCCACCUCCCAACAAGGUCCGUUGGGUUGACGUCGAGGAAGAGGACGUACUCGGCCCGCGUACCAUCCCUCCCCCUAUCGUCCUCGGCCCCGACGGCAACGGCAUCAAGAGACUCAUCGCAUUCAGGAUCGACGGCCAUGGACGCAUGAUCAAGACCACCACCAUCUCCCGCGUCCGGAAGCUCGCCCUCCAACGCCGGUCCUGGCCCAAAUUCGGCGACGCGGCUAGCCAAUCCAACGGAAUUCUCACCAUGGUCUCCACCGAAGAGAUCCUCUUCCAGAAACCGACGGCUCCCGGGAGCACAAGAAAAGCCAAAGAUGUGAGGGUCAACGGUGAUCCGUUCAUUGGGCUCGGGAAAGGAGGCGGCUCGGUCCUUAUGGUGUGCAGGACAUGCGGCCGAAAGGGCGAUCACUGGACAGCUAGAUGCCUGUACAAGGAUCUGGGUCUGCUCCCUGAAGGCCUCCUUAUCAAUGGGCCAGUCACUGCAGAAGCCCCGACAGCCUUUGAUCCUGAUGCCAAGAUGAAAUACAUGCCUCCUGGCCUCAGAGGAGGUGCAGAGAGGCGCAGAGAGGAGACAAGGUACAGAACUGAAAAGUACUCAGUCAAGGUUUCCAACCUCUCAGAGGACACCCAUGAGCCCGACCUGUUCGAGCUCUUCAGCGUGCUCGGCUCCAUCGACCAUGUCCACAUUCCCACAUAUCGCAACACUAGCGUCAGCAAGGGUUACGGAUUCGUCACCUUUUCCAACAAGGAAGAUGCAGAGAGGGCCAUCAACAAGCUGGAUGGGAUUGGCUAUGACAAUCUCAUCAUCAGAGUUGAGUGGGCCCCAUGGAGUUUGAAGUGAUUUUUCCCUGCUUUCAAAAGCUAUAAGAAUUCAGAGAUUUUACGACAUUUCAUUGUGUAUACGCAUCUGUCCAUAUCAUCAGAGCUAGGAAGAUAUGCAUAUGUUUCUGUUUUCUGUGUAUAUGAGAAUUUCAUGAAAACUUCUGAGACAAAAUGGAUGUUUCCAUAAAUGGGUUUCAUUAGAUUUUUGUUCUGAUUUUCA